CGGACUUAUGCCACGGCGGCGACUGAAGUACUUCCUGAUCUGAUGCGGCGGCUGUAGAAGAAUCCGUGCAAAGAAGUAGUGUUGAAAUUAUAUGCUUUUAGGUUUAAUCGGACUCGGCUAUUGGCAAUCAGUUAAUCACUUUUAUCAGUUGAGAGAAUGUCGUCGCAUCUUCUCUAUCUUCAGCUGCCGUCUCUGCGUCCGACUUUACAGCGGCGGUGGCAGUUGUCUUCCGGCCGAAACCAAAACAUACUGACUUGUCAUUCGACGAAUAAAUGUGAUUUGAGACCUCGUCAUUCGCUAUCACGAAAUCAUAGUUCUGAUGCCUGCAAAGAUAAAGUCAUAUUAUCUUCGCCACUUGUGCUUGAUCCGAAUAAUGGCAAUUCAAGUCGUCGAUGUGUAAAAGUCAGAGCAAACUUGAAUUUCCCGCUAAUCUCACCCUCAGAUCAAUGGGGAAACUGGACUGCUCUCUUUUCCAUCGGCGCUAUUGGUAGCUGGUCAGAGAAUACAAAGAUUGGGAACAUGUUAAGCGGGGCAUUGGUGAGCACAUUGAUUGGACUUGCUGCUAGUAAUUUAGGGGUUAUUUCAUGUGAAGCGAAGGCUUAUCCAAUUGUCCUCGAGUAUCUGUUGCCAUUAGCUGUCCCCCUAUUGUUGUUUAGAGCAGAUCUUUUUCGAGUUGUUAGGUCAACAGGGAAGCUCCUUUUGGCUUUCUUGAUUGGAUCAGUGGCAACAACAAUUGGAACAGUUGUGGCUUAUUGGAUGGUUCCAAUGCGACCACUUUGCCAAGAAGGGUGGAAAAUUGCUGCUGCUUUAAUGGGUAGACAUAUUGGUGGAGCUGUCAAUUAUGUUGCCAUUGCUGAAGCUCUAGAGAUUUCUCCUUCAGUUUUAGCUGCUGGAUUAGCUGCAGAUAAUGUUAUUUGUGCAGUAUAUUUUACCACAUUGUUUGCACUAGCUGCUAAAAUCCCUCCCGAGAGUUCAACAUCAACCACUGAUGUUGAAGAAGAUGUGAAAUCAGAAUCCAAGAGCAAACUUCCAUUGCUGCAGUCUGCUACAGCCCUUGCUGUAUCCUUUGGCAUCUGCAAAAUCGGAAGUUUUAUAACAAAAUAUUUCGGCAUUCCAGGAGGAAGCCUUCCAGCCAUUACUGCUGUGGUGGUUGUUUUGGCAACAACAUUCCCAAAGCAGUUUACUCACCUUGCACCUGCAGGUGAGGUUAUGGCCAUAAUCCUAAUGCAGAUAUUUUUCACUGUGAUUGGGGCAAGUGGGAACAUAUGGAAUGUGGUGACAACAGCACCUAGUAUAUUUUUGUUUGCUCUUGUCCAGCUGGCAGUUCAUCUAGCAGUUAUUCUAGGUUUGGGAAAGGUGUUUGGUUUCGAGCUCAAGUUAUUGCUGUUGGCAUCAAAUGCGAAUGUAGGAGGCCCCACAACAGCUUGUGGAAUGGCCACAGCUAAAGAGUGGACUUCCUUGAUUGUUCCAGCAGUUCUUGCUGGUAUUUUUGGCAUUGCCAUUGCUACCUUUCUGGGUGUUGCUUUUGGAAAUUAUGUGCUUCAAUACAUGUAAUGUAAUUAUGUAAACAGCUUUCGUUUGUAACAUCAUCAUACAAAUAAUGUUUUGUGCCAUGUAAUUUUUGUUUACUAAAAUCGAGAUGUUGAUUUCAGAG